UUUAUUAGUCUGCCUUUAUAACUCAGGCACCAUGUUGUUCUUUCAACUUUUUCUCCACGUUUUGUUCAUUGAAUGGAUAACAGGAACACCUCACUGCUCAAUCAGUGAUACACGUGUCCACUGCCAUCCGUGUACUUCCACCUGUGAUCCGCGGAACAACACAUGUUUUAAGUGUCCCAAACAUUGUGACAGAAAAUCCGAAUGUACGUCCGUCUGCAGUGACAAGUGUAUUGAUAAAGCGUGUGAAUACAUAGCCGCAAAUCCGAAAUGCUCCGUCGGAUGUCAAAAAGGACGAACAGGUUCUUACUGUCAAGAAUUUUGUCCUGACGACUGUGAAGCCUGUGACCAACACACCGCAGUUUGUACUUCGUGCAAAGAUGGACAAGGGACCUGCUCUCUUUCAGGACCACACCUUUGCUCGGUGAGCGAUGCAAAUGUGAAUUGUCUGCCGUGUUCAGAAGUCUGCAAUCCCAGUCUGAACAAGUGUUUCAGUUGCCCGAAACAGUGUGGGAAGUCCAUCCCUGUGGAAACAUGUGAUUCAGUUUGCAAUGAAAAUUGUCUGAAUGGAAAGUGUGAAUACGAAAGCGGGAAACUAAAAUGCUCCAGCGGGUGUGAGAAUGGACGAACAGGAAUAUCAUGCCAGGAAUUCUGUCCACCAAAAUGCAUAUCGUGUGAUCAGUUCACUUCAGUGUGUACUCAAUACUCGUACUGUACACGUCCAACCAAACCUAACUGUUUUGAUGAAUGCCUUGAGUCCAGCAUAACUGAAAAUCAAUGUGAACUGAUGAAAAAGAUUGUUUUUAAAGAACAUUCUGCAUGCUUGGCACGUAAAACUGAGAAUAUUUCAGUCUGUAUUGAUAUAAUUAAAGAAACCCUGAAGGAGAGCUCCUGUAGCUUCGAAUGCGUGCAGCAAUUCUGUACUCUGAACUUUAACAAUUGUUCGAAAGUGAAUCUCAAUGACGACUCAUCAGGUCAAAGUUUGGCGGUUUGGCUGAUAUCCGGCUUUGUCCUGUUUGCUGUUUUGGCAGUGUCGUGUUUGAUAAUCAUAUGCAUUAAGAGACACAAGAAACGUCUACAGGUCAUCGAGAGUGACUUUCAAGCAUUCCCGGAAGCCGUUGAGGAUGAGAGGGAACAAGACGCACAUUUUACGUUUGCUUUAGGUGCAAUUGGCGUGUAGCAAAUUCAGUUUCGUCCAAUCUUCUGGUGUGAAUAUCCAAGGAUAACAUUAUCAUGCUCCAGAAAAUCCCAAACAGUGCGGCAAGGAUUGUAAUGAAGUCAAACGUAAGAACAGACAUAUUCCCAGUGUUUCGAUCUUGCAAUGAGAAUUGACGUCAAGUUGCAUCUUAUCUCAAGAACGUGUCCAUGUGUACCAGCCAUCUCGGAAAUUGCUGUCUGGUGACAAACUUGUCAUUACCACAUGGAAAAUAAAAUCCUUUGGUUUUAAAACUUUUGGAGUUACUGCUGCUCAGAAAUGGAAUGUCCCAUCACUUGAUAUCUUCAAAUCAAGAAUAAAACCAUUUUUAUUUGACGACUCAGCCACACAGUAAAUGCUUUGUUGCGUUAAUCUUAGCACAUCAUAAGCAUUAUUAUUAUUGUUGUCAUUAGUCAUUGUAAUUAUUCUAAAGGUGAUAGACCGGCUGCGUGGUCUAGUGGUAGAGCGUCUCCCGGAGUGAGGUCGAUCGGGGGAUUCGAUCCCCGGCCGCGUCUUACCAAAAGACGUAUAAAGAUGGUACUUGAUGUUACCCUGCCUGGCACUUGGCAUUAAGGGGCUAAAACAAGGACCGGGUGGCUCGGAGUCAGUUUACUGUGUAUGAGUGGAAUAUUCGUGAUAAACUGCGGAACGUGAUCUCAGUCGGCUAGCACUAUAAAAUCGGCAUUAGUCCGUACUAGUACAGGCAGCCACACACACACACGUGCAUGUACGUCGCUAUAUUAGUGCAAUAAUCUUGGACGCGACGUUAAACUCCAUUUCGCCUCACCUCUAAAGGUGAUAUGUAUUGGUAUUAUGUCGUUGCAGCAAAGAAUGAGUAGGUGAUUAUUGUUUUACGCCGCUUUUUGCAAUAUUCCAACCAAUAAUCAAACCCGGUCCUCAUAAUAAACUACCCCACUGACCCUCUUUGUAGCAAAGAGUACUUUUUUGUAUAUAGUUGGUCACGUAAAACCGAAUGAAAUGUAUUUUGAAUAAACCAACAUGCGUGUAAAUAUCCAAGCAAAAAUAUUCGACUAUUGCCGUACCUAUACCCUGGUUGUCUAGGGAACUACAAGUACCCACUGACAUAGCCAUUGUUACCUUUCCCUUGUGCAAACUUUGGCACAACCACAAUAUAUUUGGCCUUAGGCUUAUGUACAGAAACUGAACAAAACGAGGCCUUUUCCCAUGUUGCAUGGCUUACAAAUUCGCGAUUCUUAAGCAUAAACAUACAUGUACAUGUGACACUAUUAAACUGAUUUUUAAAAUAUUUAUAAAUUUUUUAUUAUUUGUAUUAUUAUCAUCAUUAUUGUUGUUGUUGUG